GGCCACAACAUCCAACGAGGUCGCACCUUGAUCCGACCAGAUCGAUACCAAGAGCCGCCGCCCCUACUCACCGGCAAGCAAUCUACGAGCCGGGGUUUCUUCGAUCCCUGGGUUCUCUUCUCAAGGGUUGUCACCUUCUGGGCCUUACCCCCCAUGCUCAGAGCCAUAGGCAAGACAGACCCAGGGAUGCAGCAAGCGUGGCGUGAAAAAAUCGCCUUGUGUUUCAUUAUUGCCUGUAUGGGUGGUUUUGUAGCCUUCAUUACUGUAGGGCUCAGCUCAGUAAUGUGUCCACCAGAUGAAGCCAACAACCAGCGAAAUUAUGCUGCGUACAACGAUACCAUGAAUAGCCCCUCUUUACUGGGUGUGGCUGGCUGGCAGUUCGAUGUAUCAAACUCACAAGUCACUUCCAACGUCAACCUCUACGCUCUUGCUAGCGUGCCCGGUACAGAUAUCACCAACUAUUUCAAACAUGGCACAGACCUCCCAGCUUGUACCAGUAUAGAUAACGCAAAAGCCGCUGCCUUUCACGCCGUUGCCUUUGAUCCUUGCUCUGCUGACAAUGGAAACGGCGGCUGUCCUCUUGGAGACCUUAGCCAGGCUACUUACAACCAGAUCCACAUCACAAACUCUAGUCGUCUGGUUGGAUUUGACUGGACCCAGCUUGCUUCUAAGAACCUGACCAACUUCUUUGUAAUUGACGGCAAUGUUCUCAACAUGGACCCCUAUAUUAAUGCCUACCCAACCCCAAUUGCCAACGACCCCCUCGAUGCCAUGAUCAGAGCUGUCCUCAACCAGACCUAUGCAGCAGGUGGCCGCGAUGCCACAAAAAUGUUCUUUCGUGAACCAGAAUUCAGAGCAUCUGUAAACUGCAUCAUAUCAAAAUACAUGGCUGGUCAUAUCGACAAGGAUACCCCAGGAUGCUUUGCUGCCUCUCUGGUCCUAUUCUGCUCGCUCUUCAUUGUCCUGGCCAUCGUCCUGGCUCGUUUCUUUAUGGCCCUAAUCUUCUCGUGGUUCCUUUCCCGCAAACUGUCUCGCAGCCCUCCUCCAGCAACACGAUCUCCUCCGGCUGUCUCCCUGGGAGCACCAGAGAUGUCCGAGACCAGAAACCUGCCUGCCCUGGCUGCCCCUGUACGCCAAGCUUCAUCCACCACUGUCAAGUCUCAAGUAGAAGUAGGCAAUGAUCUCUAUACGGUUAUGCUAAUCACGUGUUACUCCGAGAACACCGAAGGCAUCCGGGGCACUGUAGAGUCGCUCUCCAUGACAGACUAUCCAGAUGACCGCAAGCUCUUGUUUCUUAUUGCCGACGGAAUGAUUACAGGCAGUGGCGAGACAAUGUCAACACCUGAGAUGUGUCUCUCCCUGGUUACUAUCGACAACCCGGAUAUGAGAAAUCCGGAACCAAAACCUUACAUUGCAGUAGCCAAUGGAUCAAAACAGCACAACUGUGCCAAGGUGUAUGCAGGUCAUUAUGUUUGUGAAGGCCACAAGGUACCUAUGAUUCUGGUAGUAAAGUCUGGUGCUCCUGAAGAAGAGGGCAAGGGCAAGGCUGGAAACCGUGGAAAGCGAGACUCUCAGCUUAUUUUGAUGAACUUCUUCAGUCGAGUAACCUACAAUGACCGUAUGACUCCCUUGGACUAUGAAUUAUUCCAAAAGAUUCAAUACCUAAUGGGUGUUACUCCCGACCAUUUUGAGCUCGUUUUGAUGGUUGAUGCUGACACCAAAGUAUAUUCAACUUCCUUGCGCCUACUUGUCAAUUGCAUGGUGAACGACAAUUUGAUUAUGGGCUUGUGCGGUGAGACAAAGAUUGCCAACAAACGAGACUCUUGGGUGACAGCAAUCCAGGUCUAUGAAUACUUUAUUUCCCAUCAUCUGGCCAAAGGUUUUGAGGCUGUGUUUGGUGGUGUAACUUGCCUUCCGGGCUGUUUCUGCAUGUAUCGACUCAAGGCUCGUAAAGGAGAUGGAGACUGGGUUCCAAUCAUCACCAAGCCUGAGAUUGUUCAGGAAUAUUCGUCUAAUACCAUCAAUACACUUCAUCAAAAGAACUUGUUGCUGCUGGGUGAAGAUCGAUUCUUGACCACCCUAAUGCUCCGCCAGUUUCCUUAUCGAAAGAUGGUCUUUACUCCUCAAGCUAUCUGUAAAACGGUAGUUCCUGAUGAAUUCAAGGUGCUGUUGUCUCAACGUCGCCGAUGGAUCAACUCCACUAUUCAUAACCUGUUUGAACUCGUUCUUGUUCGUAACCUGUGUGGCACAUUCUGCUUCUCGAUGCAGUUUGUUGUCAUGAUGGAUCUAAUCGGCACCCUUACUUUACCUGUUGCCAUCAUUCUUACAGCUGUACUGAUUAUCUCCAUGGCCAAGACGCAGAUCACUAGUUUUGCGGUUGCUGUGCCGUUGAUUCUUCUUAUAAUCGUCUUGUUUUCACCUGCCUUUUUGAUUCUUAUCACAACUCGUAAAUGGGUCUAUCUUACUUGGAUGCUUGUUUAUCUGUGUGCACUCCCAAUAUGGAAUUUUGUACUUCCGGUCUAUGCAUUCUGGCAUUUCGACGAUUUCUCAUGGGGUGAGACCCGCAAGGUUGUCGGAGAAGCCAAGGGAGAUGAUCACAGUAACUCGGACGGUGUGUUUGAUCCCACAAAAGUUCCUCUCAAACGUUGGGAAGAUUAUGAGCGCAAACGAGUCAGGGCUGUCAAACGUCGUGAACGUAAGAUUCGUGAGCUG